GCGAGUCAGCGGCAGUCGACGACCGCAUUCAUGAGUGCACAGAUGGAGCAGAUCAGCUCGUUGAAGGCCCAGCAGCAGACCACGAGCGAGAUGAUGGUCGAGAACUGCCAGGCCAUGGAGCGCAUGGCUGGCGCUAUUCAGCAGCAGGACCAAGCCGUCCAGGGCAUCGACAAGCUACGAGAAGCCGCGCCCCUCGAGCAGAGGGAGACGGACUUCGUG